GAGAGAGAGAGGAGAAAAAAAAAAAAAGAGCAGCCCAAAGCCCCGGACCCUAGAAAUCCAUCCUCGAUCUUGGAGAAAAAGAGCAGUCAAAUUGAUUUUCGAAGAAGAAAAUGGCGAAGGAGAAGGCGGCUCCGACGGGUUGCUACAAAUGCGGCCGACCGGGCCACUGGUCCCGCGACUGUCCGUCCUCCGCUCCGAUCCCCAAUUCCAAUCCCAACCUUAAUACUUCCUUCAGAUCUACUCCUUCGUCUUCUUCUUUCAAGAGUGGUCCCGGAACCGCCGAGAAAUCCUCGGCGAAGCCGCCAAAAAAGGUCCUGCCUCCGAGGGUGAGGCCCAAGCUCACCCCUCAGCUGCUUCUCUCCGACGAUGGCCUCGGUUAUGUCCUCCGCCACUUCCCUCGCGCCUUCAAGUACCGCGGUCGCGGCCACGAGGUUAGCGAUCUAGGGAACCUGAUUCGCAUGUAUGGCGAAUGGCAUUCUCGUUUGCUCCCUUAUUAUUCAUUUGAUCAGUUUGUACAUAAGGUGGAACAAGUUGCUGCUACAAAACGCGUAAAGACAUGUCUUAGAGAAUUGAGAGAAAGAGUUGCCAGCGGAGGGGAUCCAACAAAAUUGCAUGAACCACCAGUUGAAGAUGAAAAUCCUCAUGAUGGACAAGAGGCUAUAAGUUCCGAGGAAGUACGCCAUCACAAGGAAGAUUCAUCUUCGAAGAACCAUAACAUUGAUGAUAUUCAGGAAGACAUGCUCCAGGAUGUUUAUGAAAAUGCUAUUGAACAACCUUCGGCGAAUUUGCAAAAUGGUAUAACACCGGCAAAAGAAUUACCUAAUCAAGUUCCAAAUGACAAAGUUAGUCAGUCUAUUGAGAAUGAUAUCACAGAAGAACAAAGAGCCCGAAUGGAAGCUAACAGAUUGAAGGCACUAGAGAAAGCUGCAGCUAGGGCCCGCUCAUUACAGGUUACUUGACUGUUCACUACAUUUGAGCAUUUUGGUCUUCUAUCAUUUUGGAAUAUGCUUAUUGUAUUCUAUGACUGUCAGCAACAGAAUUUCCAUUUCUAUAUGACAGCUGCAAGAGUUGCUGAUAAUGUA